AUGCAAGUCUACAAGGUUAGUUCAUCUCAUGCUCAGCAAAACCCCUCAUCAACCCCAAGUAUGCUCGCCAACUCAUCUCCGUUCAAGGUUGCCGCUGUCACCUUUGCUCUCUUCGCCAAUGCCUACGCUGGUGCUGCACUUCGCACCCGAGCGGACAAAUGCGUCGAAACCUGCGGCAGCACCUGCUACUGGCAAUCUGAUAUCGAUGCCGCCUUGAAUGAAGGAUACUCCCUCUUGCAGUCUGGCGAGACCAAAGACGACUACCCGCACCGCUACGAGGACUACGAAGGCUUUGAUUUCGACGUCUCCAGUCCUUAUUACGAAUACCCAAUUCUCAGCUCGUACAAGGUUUUCACGGGCAGUGAUCCUGGCACAGAUCGGGUCAUCUUCAAUGGCGAUGGUGAAUAUGCUGGUUUGAUCACCCAUACUGGUGCUUCUAGCUACGACGGCUUUGUCGAAUGUACCUCAGACUAA